UAUCCCAGAAUGCUUCGCGCCACAUUCCAGCAAUAACGAUAAUGGCGAAUGUUGCACCUGACUACGACAAAGCCGGUGAUGAUGGCUGUACUAAGGUCAAAGUGAUUUGCUUAGGAGACAGUGCUGUUGGCAAAUCAAAGUUAGUUGAAAGAUUUUUGAUGGAUGGAUAUAAACCUCAACAGUUAUCUACCUUUGCAUUAACGUUGUUCAAUUACGAGACAGAAGUCAAUAAAGAAAAAGUUUCAGUUGAUUUUUGGGACACAGCAGGACAGGAAAGAUUUAACAACAUGCAUCCUUCAUAUUAUCAUCAAGCACAUGCCUGUAUAAUUGUAUUUGAUACAACAAGAAAAGUAACAUAUAAGAAUCUGCCGAACUGGUUAAAAGAGUUACGAGAAUAUAGACCUGAAAUACCCUGUUUAUGUGCUGCCAAUAAAAUUGAUGUUGAUGUGUCAGUGACUACGAAAUCAUUUAAUUUUGCCAAGAAACACAACAUGCCAUUUUAUUUUUGUUCUGCGUCAGAUGGAACCAAUGUUGUGAGGUUAUUUAAAGAUGCUAUACGAGCAGCAGUUGCAUAUAAGAAUAACUCAACAGAUUUUAUGGAUGAAAUCAUGAGAGAAUUAGAGAACUUUGAAUUAGAAACAGAUAAAAAGGACAAUGAAGUAGAUAGUGGUUUAGAUUCCACAGGAAAUUCUGACGAACAGAAACAAACAACAGCAAGCUGAGAAUACGAUCAUACUUAUUGUUGUUCAAUAUUUAUUUAUUUAUUCCGGGGAAUGGUGGGCAAUGUUAUCAAGUGUCAAAUUGAUUUUGUCACAUGAUUCAACUUUGCUAUGGUUGUCACAUGGUACAAUUAUUUUGCCAGGUUGUCACAUGGUAUAACUUUGCCAGGUUGACAUGAUAUAACUUUGCCAGGUUAAAGUUAAUUUUGUGAGGACUUAUUUAUACCUCUCAUCACUUAAGAAUUUUUCAUAUUCUGUUAAGAAUCAUUGUAAAAUGUACAAGUGAUAUUUAAACUAUAAAAACAAUGUAUUUCUAUACAUAUAAUGUUUUACUAUAUAAAAUUUUUAUUUCAUAUACAUUUAAGUCACUUUCAGGAUCUCCCGAAAAUGGAAGGGUUAGAUGACUUUCAAGUGCUGUCAACUAAUAGAUUAAUAAGGAAGUGCUUCAAACUGACCAUAAUGAUUUACUUACACCUAUUCAUCUGAUUUAAAAAGAUCCUGUGCCAUAUUGCAAUAACAAGACAUAUCGUUUUUUAGUUAAUAAAGUCAAGGGUUAAUAUUUGUUACUGUAAACCAACUUUUUUUCACAGAUACUUUAUUUGGAGUUUUAUCCCUUUUAGUCCACUUUGUGGUUAAUUAAUUUCACAAUUUUCUAAUAUUCCUCUUGUAGUUUAAUCAUAUAAGUAACAAAUUAUUUUCUCCUUGCAAAAAUUAGAAAAAAAAUCGCUCACAAAAAUAAGUUGGUUUACAGUUUUGUCAAAAAGAAUGUGAGGUAUAAUUAAGAUCCCACAUUUUCACAAUCUUUUAUUGUGCUAGCACUCUAUUGUAACGGGUUCUUUCUGUUCAUGUAUGCACAAUUUUUUUUGAAAUAUGUGCUCACCUUGCCGUCUUUCUUGUGAUCUUGUGUCAUUGAAUCAUUUACUUGUCAUUGUAAGUCAUCCGUGUCAAUUCCUGAGAAGAUGAUUGGAUAAUUUAAGGAAAUCGUUAGAAAGCUUAAGGAGCGCAUUGUUUAAGUGUUACAGAAAUUAUGUUAAAUUACCUUUUUUUCAUUUGAGAAACAAGUUAAAAAAAAAAUAUUCUGUUUUCUAAAACUGUGUUUGUUUCUUGGCAUAUAUUAUAUAUGUAUGACAUAUAAUUCAUCACUUUUCAUAAAACAAAUAUAAACCCAGAUAACAUUAAAACUUCAGAGUUUAAUUCUCAGGGUAAUACAUGUAUGAACAUAUUUGAUUGUUAAUAAAAGUAAUAUCAACAUUUUUAUGCUCCUUGUUGAAGGCUGUACAGUGACCUAUACAUGUUAAUUUCUUUGUCAGUUGGCCGUUGGUGGAGCGUUGUUUCAAUGGCAAUUAUACCAUAACUUCUUAAUUUUAUAUGACACUAUAUAAACACAAACAUACAUUUUUUAUAACUCAAAAAAAACAACAAUGACCCUUAACAGUUGCAUAAUGCUGCUUCUGUAGAAAAAUAAAAUAGAUUUUUCUUUGUUUGAAAUUUAAAAAAUGUAAGAGUAAAUAAAAUUUGUGAAUUAUCUCCCUUUAUUCUGCACACACUUUUGUUUUAAAAUAAGUAUGCAUCUGCAUGUGCUGUUUAAUUUGGUGAUUUUAUCCAUUAUCAUUUCUUUUUUAUCAUGGAUAGGUUGUCAAGAAGUCUAAUACUUAUGUUAAAUGAUUGAUCACUAAAUUGUCACUGCCUUUGAUCAAACUUGUAUAUGUAUACCAGCAAAUAAUAUUAAGUAUGUUCACAAGUAUUUCUCAAAUUCUGUAAUUAUAUUCUCACACCAUUUUAAUUUGAAUCAUAUCAAUCUUCUCUAUCUGACAUUUAGUAACUAAAUAGUUAAAAUCACUCUUUCAACUUGACAACUAAAGAUUUCAAGAUUUUGUUCAGCAUUGAAAAGUUUAAAACUGAAAGGUUCUUUUUUAGUCAGUAGAUCUAUUAGAUAAAAUCAUAUAAACUAUUUCUAGUAAUAGAGCUUUAAUUGUGUGUAUGUUGUAUUUUCUAAAUUAAAUUUGACUAAAGUCCUUUUUAAAAAUAAACAUUUAUUUAUUUGUAAGAUGUAAAAUCAACAUAAUACACCACUUUCGUUGUUUUCCUUCUCAACUUAUAAUCCAUUUAUUUGAUAUUCUCUGUAUACCACUGCAUAUAUUUAGCCUAAAACAUUCAACAUAACUUUUAUAUUUAAUACAUUAUUGCAUAAAAUAAAAAGAAACCUCUCGUCAUCAUCAUUAAGGUAUCUUAAGUAUCUUUACAGUAUUGGAAUUAAUUUAUAGAGACAUUCUGUCUAACUUGACAUGGGAAAAUCAUUGUAUUGAAACUUCGGUUGAAUCUCCCUCAGACAAAGUUGACCUUAAUAUAAUAAUUACCUAAUAUUGGAUAUUAAAGAAACUUGUCUAGUAAACUGAAAACAAUGUAUAUUAUUUAUAUGUUUUUAUAAAUAUUGAUUUUUUAUCUGUUGUUUAAGUGUUGUGAUGCUUGAAUGAAGCUAGUCAGAUUUUGUGAAUGAAUGAAUUUUUGAUUGGGUUGUAAAUUUGUAUAAUGAACGGAUCUUGUGCCAAGUUUUCCCCAUAUCAUUCACAUAUAUGUUAGAUGCUAGAUUAUUAGAUUCUGUUAGGAUAUAUUAUACAUUAUUUUCAUUCCAACAACCAAUUUUUUUUUGGAACAUAUUAAAAGAAAUAUAAUAUUUUAAUUUAGAAUUUUUAAUAACUAAAGUCCUGCAUAGAGAAGUUGCUUCAUACAAAUAUGUUGUCAAUAAGAAAUUACUUAUAAUUAUGAUAUUAAUAUUUUUCAUUGUAUCAUUUUUUACAACUUAAUGAUUUUGCUAUUGUACAAAAAAAUGAACUACGAUGAGCUAAAACACAUUAUUACAUUGGUUGCAAUAAAAUACAUUUUUCCCAGUCAAAUAAAAACCGAUAAUUUCACAUGUGAAAUAAACGUGGUUAUUUCACUCUCUGACGUCAUACAACAAUAGGCGUUGUCAAGUCCUCGAUAACUUCAGAACAAAACAAAUUGUGAAUGCGUAAGAAACCAUAUAGUUCCUUACAUUUUCUACAUUAGUUUUAUAAAAAAAACAGCAUUAGCCAAUGUAAUAAAAAGUAUAACUAAUCGCCGUAUUUGAAUAUCAAAAAUAAGACAACUUGUAACCGAACUCCGCUAUGGAUUAAACUUGUGCUGCGCACUCGUUUAAUCCAUGCAUCUUUUGGUCACGCGUUAUCUUAUAUUAUUAUGAUAUUCAAAAACGGCGAUUAGUUAUACUAUAACUAUUUGACUGGAAUAAAGAUUAAAAAGUAGUACUGUGUCACUGUAAAAAUAUAUAAUGUAGAAAAAAAAAUAUGAAUCAAAAGUUAAUAUAUCAUAAUAAGAUACCAAAGUAUCAAGUUUAAACUGCAACAAGGGAGAUAAUUUAAAACUUAGCAUAUGAUUUUUAACAUUAUCUCCCUUUUAAUAAAUGUUCUGUAAAUGUACUUUUGAAUCAUAUGUGUAUAUUAUAAGGAUAUAUUUCUCCAGCCAUUUAGGCAUUCAGGAUUAAAAACUAAAAAUUUAUAAGCUGGAAAUAAGGGUCAUAAAGCAUACCUAUAAAUAUUUUAAAACAGUUAUACUGAAUGUUAAUUUAACAAUGCAAAAUAGUAGAAGUCUUCUGUCUUUGUGGUUGUAUGCAACUUCAGGAAGGAGGAGGCUUGCAUUCUUUGUAGUGCUGUUGAUUCAAAAUAGAGUAAUAUAAACAAAAGAAUGUUCAGCUAUGAAAAAUAAACUUACAGAAUCUCCCUGUAUAAUAAGUAUACACUGCAUCUUAAAAUGCCAUUGAAAGUUUUCAAAGAUCAUCAUAAAUAGUUUGUACUCCUGGCUACUUGCUCAUAUAUUAAUGUUUUUCCAUUUGACAAAUUUUACUUUCAAGAAAUAUUUAAUGAAACUGAAUGGAAAAUCUGUCAAUUAGGUAUAGAUAAUUGUACUGUAAAAUAAACUUACAUGGACUUAAAAUUUUACAAUUUCUAGGGCCAACACUCUUACAGAAUUACUUUUUCUUGUUUUUUUCGUCCCUGAUUUUGAUUUUACCAUUAUUAAAUUUUCACAAGGAAUAUAUUUCACAAUUUUGUCCUAAUGUGAAUUCAGACAAAUUUCCCUUAUAUCUCUAAAACAAGUAGUCAAAGUACAACCAGAUGAGCCAAUCUGUUAUCUCAUACUGUAGAUUCACUUAUUUUCAUGGUUUCCAAUUUUCAGGGUUUUGCCCAAAUUUGCAUAUGAUCUGAUGUCGUUAAAUGUGUGGUUAAUCUAUAUCCACAAAAUCCAUGUAAAUUUGGUAUCCUACAAUAUUGAAUCCACAGUAACGUCUUUUAAGGUGGCAUAUAUAGAUCAAAUGAAUGAGGAGAAAGUUUUAUGUUAUAUUUCUGGUUGUAUAAUUUGUUACUUUUUUUGUCUGAUUUAUACAUUUAGGUAAGAUGUCAAAUUAUUUGUGUCAAAACACUCUGUUACAUAGAUAUGUAGAGAAGUAGAUUGUUUAUAAAAUGUAAUUGCCAUUUAUUGAAAAGUUAAAAGAAAUAAUAUAAAAAUUGAAUUAUA